GCGCAUAAACCCGGAAGUGAUUUCCUCGCCCCGGUAGCGGCGAUAUGGAAAUCAAAGGCUUUUGAGGACCUGGAAACCCUUACUUUCGGGAGAGUGUGAUAUGGUGCUGAGGUGCGAGUAGAGGGAAGGCCAAUAAAGAACUAGGCGGCAAGAGUUUCUCCGAGUCCAGAGACUCGAGGGCUUGAGGCGCAUUUUGGGAAGAGCGGCCCAACACUCCAGGAGGCUUCUGGUGGCUACGGAGGGUUUUCCUGUCACAGGAAGUUAGGCCUGGCUGCUGGGAAAGAGAAGGAAGGAGGAAUGAGAAAGCGGUGACAGCACCCCGCCCCGCAGGUGACUGUCCCACCCAGUGAGUUGAAUGUAGCGGUCCUGGAAGUGCUCGGCCGCCCGCACGGGUGAGACGAGGAGGAGCGAGAACCAGAUUCCCGCGAGGGAAAACAGAGGUCCAAAAGGCAGAUUCGUACACAGUUUAGACAUACAAAAUUAUUAUCUCCAUUAAAUUUUUUCACAGAAAAGAAAAAAGGAACAUGAGAAAAUCUUAAAAUUAUAAGCCAAGAUUUUGAAUAGUUCAGUGUAUUUCAGAGGAUUUCUGUUUGUUUGUUUUAUAAAGCAAUGGGAAAUCCAGAAAACAUAGAAGAUGCAUAUGUUGCUGUUAUUCGUCCAAAGAAUACUGCCAGUCUCAAUUCUCGGGAAUACAGAGCUAAGUCCUAUGAAAUUUUGUUGCAUGAAGUUCCCAUUGAAGGACAGAAAAAAAAGAGAAAGAAAGUUUUAUUGGAAACUAAACUUCAAGGCAACAGUGAAGUAACACAAGGCAUAUUGGAUUACGUAGUAGAAACUACCAAACCAAUUUCUCCUGCAAACCAGGGUAUCAGAGGAAAACGAGUGGUCCUAAUGAAGAAAUUUCCUCUGGAUGGAGAGAAGAUUGGCAGAGAAGCGGCAUUAUUUAUUGUUCCAUCAGUUGUCAAAGAUAAUACUAAAUAUACAUAUACUCCAGGAUGCCCAAUUUUUUACUGCUUACAAGAUAUUAUGCGAGUCUGUAGUGAAUCCAGCAGUCACUUUGCUACACUUACAGCAAGGAUGUUAAUAGCCUUGGAUAAGUGGUUAGAUGAACGCCAUGCACAAUCUCACUUUAUUCCAGCUUUAUUCCGGCCUUCUCCUCUUGAGCGGAUAAAAACUAAUGUCAUAAACCCUGCAUAUGCUACUGAAUCAGGUCAAAUGGAAAACUCAUUACAUAUGGGCUACAGUGCACUAGAAAUAAAGAGUAAAAUGUUAGCCCUAGAGAAAGCAGAUACCUGUAUUUACAACCCUUUGUUUGGAUCAGAUCUUCAAUAUACGAACCGGGUAGAUAAAGUGGUAAUAAAUCCAUACUUUGGUCUAGGAGCUCCAGACUACUCAAAAAUCCAAAUUCCCAAACAAGAAAAAUGGCAGAGAAGCAUGAGCAGUGUCACAGAAGACAAGGAACGACAGUGGGUAGACGACUUUCCUCUCCAUCGAAGUGCCUGUGAAGGAGAUUCAGAAUUACUAAACCGUCUUCUGAAUGAAAGAUUUUCAGUCAACCAAUUAGAUAGUGACCACUGGGCGCCCAUUCAUUAUGCAUGCUGGUAUGGAAAAGUUGAGGCCACUCGCAUAUUGUUAGAGAAAGGAAAGUGCAAUCCAAACCUUUUAAAUGGACAGCUUAGUUCUCCUCUUCAUUUUGCUGCUGGAGGAGGACAUGCUGAAAUAGUACAGAUUCUCCUAAAUCAUCCAGAAAUUGACAGACACAUAACGGACCAACAAGGAAGAUCCCCCUUAAAUAUUUGUGAAGAAAACAAACAAAAUAACUGGGAAGAAGCUGCAAAACUGUUGAAGGAAGCCAUUAAUAAACCAUAUGAAAAAGUUCGGAUAUACAGAAUGGAUGGAUCAUACCGUUCUGUUGAACUGAAGCAUGGAAAUAAUACCACAGUGCAGCAGAUAAUGGAAGGAAUGCGUCUCUCUCAAGAAACACAGCAAUAUUUCACUAUUUGGAUCUGUUCAGAAAACCUCAGCCUUCAACUCAAGCCUUAUCAUAAACCAUUGCAACAUGUUCGUGACUGGCCAGAAAUACUUGCUGAAUUAACUAAUUUGGAUCCCCAAAGAGAAACACCACAGCUUUUCCUAAGAAGAGAUGUAAGACUUCCUUUGGAAGUUGAAAAAAAGAUUGAAGACCCACUAGCUAUUCUUAUCCUCUUUGAUGAAGCCAGAUAUAAUUUAUUAAAGGGCUUUUAUACAGCUCCUGACACUAAACUGAUAACAUUGGCAAGUCUACUGUUGCAAAUAGUUUAUGGAAAUUAUGAGAGUAAGAAACACAAGCAAGGUUUCCUAAAUGAAGAAAACCUAAAAUCCAUUGUACCUAUUACCAAAUUGAAAAGUAAGGCACCUCACUGGACAAACCGAAUACUUCAUGAAUAUAAGAAUCUUAGUACAAGUGAGGGUGUCAGUAAAGAAAUGCAUCACCUUCAGCGCAUGUUCUUACAGAAUUGUUGGGAAAUUCCUACAUAUGGAGCAGCUUUUUUCACAGGACAGAUAUUUACAAAGGCAAGCCCCAGCAAUCAUAAAGUCAUCCCUGUGUAUGUAGGAGUGAAUAUAAAAGGACUUCAUCUUCUCAACAUGGAAACUAAGGCUUUACUCAUCAGUCUUAAGUAUGGUUGUUUUAUGUGGCAAUUGGGAGAUGCUGAUGCAUGUUUUCAGAUCCAUAGUAUGGAAAAUAAAAUGAGCUUUAUAGUACACACAAAACAGGCUGGCCUUGUGGUAAAACUAUUAAUGAAGCUAAAUGGACAGUUAAUGCCCACCGAAAGAAAUUCAUGAGAGGAAAGCAGCUGAUACUUAAACUACCACAUUUUGUAAUGCAGAUUUUUUCCAUGAAAGAUUUCUUAAACUAUCACUUUUAACAAGGCACUUAGUCUCUUGUAAUAUAUGAAUGUAUACUACUACAUUGUACAGAAUCUGUACUUACGUUUGGUGUGUAAUAUACCAAUUAGUUUUGUAUAAUAUCCUCAUAAGCUAUUCUAAUUUUUGAGAGAAACACAUAAAAAUAUGUAGAUUGAUCAUCUGUAUAAUAUUGGACAAAAUAGUAAGCUUUAUAAAAAGUUAUUUUUGGUAAAUGGUAAAGAAUUUGGAGUGGGAUGUAAUGAAAUUAAAAUAUAGCUUUGGUAUAACUUUGUGUGUCAUUUCAGAAUAUACUGAAACUCAACAUAUUUGAAUAAAGAAAAUAUAUUUUCUACUUAAA